AACACAACUUCCUUUUCACUACUGGGAACACGUGCGGCUGGAGCUAUGUCCCUUCGACAAACGCGCAUGCGCAUUCGAGAUGUGCUAGUUUCAGUACUUCAUCUUUUGGCGCAUAUUGUACAGGGUGCAUCAGAAAGAAUGGAUGGAUUUCACAGGGCAAUAAAAUUGGUAAGGCUCCAUCAAAUCCAAAUUUUAUUGUUACCAUCAGAUUUGCCAAUACGUGCAGUUUAUUUGUGGAAUACAGUAUCAUCCAUAUGAUGUCCUUGGCUUCUGAUACAGACAUCGAGGCGUUUUCUGAAGUUAUUCUUCACUCUCGUGGUCAUAUCUGGUGGAAUUGUCGUGAUUUCUUCUUGAAUUGCUGUCUUCAGCUUGUCCAGUGUAUGUGGUUGAUGUUUAUAAACUUCCGCCUUCAAAUGGCCCCAAAGGACGAAAUCGCAGGGCUCAAGAUCGGGUGAACGUGCGGGUCAAGGAAUGUCACCGCAAUGCAAGAUUACUUUAGGUUCAACCUAGGUUGAACCUGUGGCACGAAAUGAAGCCACCCACCGCAAAAUUGUGUUCAGAGUAUGGAUCCUAUCGCGACGUCCGACCUGAAAUGAGUGCUGAAGGCUAGUUGAGUGGCGAUCACAGACUAUUUUUAAAAAACGUCUCUAUGAGAAACGCACACUGUGCACCCAACCAGUCCAUGUUACCAACUGAAACUGCAUUCUCCUGCCGACCCAACGGUCGGCCCCCCCCACUCUACGCCUCCCCUCGUCGCAGCAUAACGGUCGCUUGAAAUCCAACCAUCCUUUCUGACACACUCUGUAUUUGGUAACUUUCUUGUCUCAGAGUACUUUUGGAUUGUUCUUAAAAUCAUCUUCUGAUAUAGUUUCCCUGUAGUGGACAAGAGGCUGAUCGAACAUAAGUUUUGGGAAAAUUUUGGGUCCAUGCUGGGUUUUGGCAGAGUUAUGUUUUUUCCUUCCUUCCAAGUUGCUGGGAAGUGACUGAGCUGGAGUCAGUGAUUGAAUAAAUGUGUUAAAUGCACACGAGGUCUUGCUGGAAGAUACGUGCUUUGCAUAAUAAGGGUUAUAUUUCUUAUGAUAUAUCACAGGGUCACAUAUUAGCAAGGGUGUCUUCAUCAAUGGUAGCCAGCAGGGCUUCGACUGUAUCCACCACACAUCGACUGUAAUCAUAAUCACACAAGUCAUGUGCUCUGAACUGUUUUUCUAAGCAGUCUGUGAUCAUCUUGGCCUUAUCAAUUGGAUUAGAUAUGGGACUUGAGGAACCAUAUAUUGCAGAUGGUGCCUUUGGUUCACCACUUUUUGUGAGGAACUUCACAAUAGGUCAUAUUGCUUAAGGUGUGACUUCACAGUUUGCCAACCUUGUUUCCCAUCUUUCAAGUGGUCUUUUCAUGACCAUUUUCCUGAUAUUUUGAGGAACCCAGUUCAGUGCCGUUUUGCAUGCUGGAUCCUUGGUUUUAUGCCAUAAUUUUAAGAGCUUUCUCUUAUGCCUCAAUAGACAGUCUAGGCCAGGUGUUUCAUAUAUCUGGUCUAAAAUUGUAGUUUUUCAAGCUGAUAGUCUGUACACCAUGGCUGUAGUGGUUGCAAAGUCAUAUCCUGCUUCUUUAGCUUCAUUGGAAGAGUAAAUUUGGAGCAGUAAGUCUGCAACUUUACCGAAACCCAGUAAGGACCCAAAAUUUACUCAAGAGUUUACAUUUAAUAAGCUGUGUGUCCACUACAGCCAAAGUUUUUGAAAAAGUCAUUCUAAAAGUGGUCCAGAGUCAAAUUUGGGUGAGAGAGCUGCUUAAUGAUAGUUUGUUUUCCAUGAACGGCUUAGCACAACUCUGAAAUGUGUGAGGCUUAUGAACCAGGUGUCCUUAAACUUCAACAAUAACAUGUCCAUGGCGGCGGUAUUCUUUAGUUUCUGUCGAAGGCGAAAUAUCCACGCCUAGAGAAAUAUUAGCAAGGGUGCCUCAAGGUUCCAUUUUAUCCCCAUCAUUGUACAGUAUCUACAUGACUAAUACAAUGGCCUAGUACAAGGAUAGCUUUACUUUUUUAUACCUCUGACACCAAGUGUUUAUCUGGCCCUCUUUGCCUAUGACAGUUGAGACAUGGUGCAAGUGCAGGGUCGUUAAAAUUAAUAAGGAUAAAACUCAGGCCUUCUGCUUCUCUCAUAGGCUUAGACCACCUUGGUGUAAACUUCGACAAUGGGAUUACAGUGAGAUUGCAUAUAGAAGUGAUAAGGCCUUCCAAACAUUUAUUAGUCUACUCCUUAUUAAAAUUUAGCAAUUAAGCACUAACAUUAAACUAAACCUCCAUUAAGCACUAAUUAUAUCAGUAAUGACUUAUGCUUGCCCCACCAGGGCAGAUACACACCUUUGAAAUUGCAGUGUGUGUAAAAUAAGGUUAUCUGCACAACUGGUAAAUUUUCAAAGUGCACACCAGUCUGCAAGUUUCACAUGGCUUUCCAAGUACAAUAUAUGUAUGAUUACAUAACAAAAUUAUCCAGGCAACAAGCAGAGGUCAUAAAAAUUGUGAAAAUGCAAAUGUUUGUGAUAUCUCGAAAGGCGAAGCCAGAAACAGAAAAUGUGAGAGGCAUAAACUUAGUAGCAGUCAGGUGCCUAGGCAGCCGUUGUAACAUGAACUGCAUGAGUUGGGGUAUAAUCUGCUAUGCCAAGACUGGACUAACAGAGGCAUUGUACUGCAUGAAGUCAUAUGCGAGAUAGAUUUCCGCUUAGAGCAUUUGUAUAUGAAGAAUGUUGCGAUUGGUUCAAAUGAGCCUUUUUUUUCAAUUGUAGAAAAAAAAAUGUAAAUACAAAAAAGGCCUAGGCAAUGUCCAUCCGACCUCUUCAAAUGAGCGAGGGUGUCGGAGACAGUGUGACAUCUUUCGUGAAUAAUUGUAACGAUUUGCUUUCGUGGUCCAAGUAACUCAGAAGACUAGAUUAAGAUGGCGGUAGUGCAUCGUGGGUAGUCCGUGCGGCACUCUACAUCUCACCAUUGUCAAAUACUAGUGUCGAGUUGCAUGUUUCUAUGACGUUCUAUGACGUUAUCCAUGAGCAUGGCUGACGAAUGUAAUGACAGGUGGUGUUUUAUUCUAGAUUUUAAGCGUUUUUUCCUGCUGUAAAUAUCUGUGAUAUAUUUGUGAAUAACAAGGAAGAACAAUUUUAUGACAGUUUGCAACUAAGCUAUGCAUACCGCAUUGGAUGCUGUUCCUGUGCCCUGUCAGCAUUCUAACAGACGAAAAGUAUAUUAUUAUUAUUCGUGCCAAGACAAAGCAUCUGAUCGAGUGAAUUCUGUCUUUUCUUAUUACCCACAACAGUGCUUUGAAACAGGUUAUUUAUGGGCUCAUGUAUGUCAUGUAAAGCUGGGAAGGAAGCACAUGAGUAUACCACCUCACCAGCAGCCUAUCCGACACAGCGUACUUGCUACUACUACAGCAUGGAGAAUGGGCCAUUCAGUAGUACCUCACAGGGUGAGAAUAAGGGGUUGGCAAAGCGGUCCACACCGUACACACGUGGCCAGGCAACACUGUUUGGUUUCAAGCGACGUUCUGCGUCUGCUGUACCAACCCCAGUUACCAACACAUCUACCCCAAUGUUGGAUAAUGCUGGAAGCCUAGCUGGUAGCAAGGCAGCUUCCCAGGAGUCACUCAACAGUAUUAGCCCCAUUCCAUCAGGGAGAUCCACCCCCAGGCUCUCCCGGCCAAAGAAAGAUGCUGAUGGAAACUUGAUCAGAACUAAUCGCUUUGGCUUUCGAGGCCCUGCUGUAGCCUCCAUCACAAAUAAAGUUUCAGAUUCUAACUAUAACAGUAACCCACCUGUCAUGUCUUCACAUCAUGCAUCCAGCCAUCACAACCAGGAAAAUCAAAGUGUUCUCCGUGUUGAGAAACCAAGGGCUAAAGGAGGUGGUAAAAUUGUUACCCCUGUGACUCCUGGAAUGAAACACUCUGCACAUUCUAUUACAAGCAGUGGUGAUAGUGGUAAGACUAAGCAGCAGCUCUCUCUUAUUCCCCAACCUGAGCAUCACGAACAUGGAAAAGCAUCACGAUUCACCCUCCAGACCUCACUUCUACCCAGGCCACAAUAUCCUAUUCGACUUACAUCUGUGGACAGUGAAAAGACAACAAAAGGGGCUAAAACAGCUGCAAACAACAGCACGAGGAAAGUAUCAUACCAUGUAUCAGGUGGAGAGGAGUCAUCAUCGAAGGAAGGUUCACUUAAUGGUGAUUCAGGCAUUGGUAGUCAUCAGAGUGGAGCUGCUUGUUAUGGAGAGACUGACACCCUGCAAGGUAUAGAGCAACUUGACAGCAGUCCAACAUUUGGUCUUCGUAGAAAUCGUAAACCGCGGGCUCUUGAGAUGGUUGUGAAUGGCCAAUAUUUUGAUGUUAGAGACCUGAAAGAUGAAGAUUCUUCUGCAGCUGAUGAUCCAAAUGUAAUUACUGAAAUCUCUUUGAUCUCAAUUCCAAGCUCCAAACCUACAAAUGGCACAAUCAAAACAGUUCAAAAUACAGGGAUAGUACAACAAAGAUCAAUGCAAUAUCAGAGGCAAAUUGCAAAUGAUAACAAGAGACAAGGGAGUUCUUUCACUGCAUCCUCAGAUGAGUUUCGAGAUGAUGGUCUUGUUGGAGAAGGGGAAGAGAAAGCCCUUAGAGAUCGAUCACACAGUGAGAAGACUGAGUCUAUUAAAGACCAUAUCACACCAUGCAGUAUUGAAGACCAAGAAGACUGGGGUCACGGUGAGGCCAUGGCAGAAGAAUACAGUAGCUCAAGUGAGGAUGGGCAUGGUGUCCGUUGUGGUUCAUCACCUGAAAGUAUGAACUUGAACGCUGCAACGACAGUAACAGUUCCAGAACCUGCCCAGCAACCACGACCUGUUAUGCUAACCAUUGAGGAUCCCUUAUUUGCAGCAAUAGCAGCUGCUGCUUGUCCAACAAUGAUUGAAGAUGAAACAUCCCCAGUUGAUAGCCUCUUCAGUAGUAGCACUGCCACCAGCACUGCAUCAGAGAUUUUGGAGAAGGACCAACCAGUAUCAAACCCUCUUCCAAAAGAUGACAAUAAGAGCAUGCAGGAUCAUGACAAAGGCAAUGCAGAGGGUUCUGCACACCGAUCUGCAAACAUGCUGAGCCCUGAUAGCCCUGGAACUCCUACCAAUGCCUCCACAUCCCUCUCUCUGUCUGUGUCAGAAGGAAGAGACUUCCUUAUUGAUGAUGAGAUUGCAGACCAGCCUGGGCUGACUUUUGAUGAUGGUGCUAACACUACAGCAAGAGGACAUAUUGAAAGUGGUGACAUGGCCACAUCUUCUGGAGGCUGCACCAGCCAACUUCUAUCUAUGACAGAGAAUACAGCCACCCUUAUAGACUCCACAUCUAAACCAGUUCCUAAACAACGAGUUUCAGCAUCUUUUGAUGGUAGCCCUGUAAGGACAAGACGAAUUAGCAGGACUGGAUCAAUUGACACCCUCUCUCCCUGCGAGAGCAUUGCAUCUGAUGACCUAAUGCUGGACUAUGAGCGCAGCGAGGGAAGCUUAUUUGACUGCACAGCUGAAAGUCGUCUGGACAAUUCAAGUGGGGUCAUUUAUCAGCGUGAAGAAGCCACACUUAUGUCAGAGCUAGAGUCAAAGUCUGACAGUGUUCUGCGAGAAUUGUCAUCCCUCCUUGGGGCCCAUGCCAAGGAAAAAGGGUUGGUGAGUGGGCGGCCAGCCGCGAGAGUGUUGAGGUCACGAACUGGAAGUACCCCUGAUUCCCCUCGCUCUUUGGAUCCGAAAGCACGUGUUGCAGGGAGUCCUUUGAGGCCACCAAGGCAGGUGACUCCAGGUUCUGAAACAGAAGACAGCAGCCUGAGGCUAGAUCGAGGCACCUAUCAGUACAUGUACCAGGACAUAGUGAACAUCAAGACCAUGCUUCUAAAGCUGAAGAGGGUCUUACAGGAGAAUGAAGAGAACAGUUUGAUGAGGGCAGAAACUCUCAACCCAUUCGAUGGAACAUUGAAGAAUGGUCUCUUCUACACCCUGGCAAAUAGUGAGGUAAUGGCUGCUGUCAACACUGAAGAUGGCAGUGAGUCAGGUGUUGGCCAUUCUCCACAAGAGGAAGUGGCAGAUCUUCGGCGACAGGUGGUGUUCCUGCAGCAGCAGCUGGAUGAGAAGGAACGCACAAUACAACUUCUCCAGCUGCAGAUGACAAAGUACACAAACUCAGAUGCCACAUCAAAUGCAGCAGGCAAAGAGUCAUGCAAUGCUGCUACGCAGACCGAGAGGGUUCGGCCAGUGUCAGCAGGACCAUCCCUCCUCCAGUCACUGCCAUCGGAAAAUAACAUGGGACCUCUUGUGAGUUUGACUGACACGUGGGACCGGAGAAGACUGCCAUCACUGGGGGAGCUGAGAGUUGGACGACAGCCAGUGGUGACAACUUCAAAACUCCCAGGGAAAGGGGUCUGGAAGCAGCGAACUAACCUGGCAGCAUCAGAACUUGUUGCUGCAGUGGCAUCCAGGUCUGAUCAAUCAGGCAUCCCCACAAGGAAGUACAGUGCUGUCAACAUGUCCUCAACACUACCAAGGAGGAGUCAUAUAGGAAGUAAUAGCAUAGCGACCAAAACCUGAGAGAAUUUGUAGAUUUCUGUGUUGUAUGUUGUGAUUUAUUUGAUCACUAAUGGUAGCCAGUGGCCUGCUGUAGACUGUGGACCAUCCUUUUAGAAAUAUGUUCCCCACCUCCUUCCCAUGCAACUGUGUAAGGAGUUGAAUUUAUUUAAAAUUAAGGUGGGGAAUUGACAUGCUCCUGGCUUAAUUACAUAUUGUGGACAUAGCUAUGAAAUUCCCUUUACUUUCACACAUUCCAUUGUACAGUUUUAUCUUAUUUUUUAAUUAAAUUAUUGUGUUUUGAGAAAUUAAAUUGUUAUUAAUGUAAGAUAGUGUAACAUGUCUGAAUUGUAAUAAAAUUAUGUAAGAUCCAAGGUCAUUCCAGUUAGUGCUAUUGAGUAUUGUAAUGAAACGUCCAGUUGAAGUUCAGAUGUUCAGUAUAAGUUGAUUACAAUCGUAUAAAAAUCCCAAAUCUUGUAUAUUUGUGAGUACAUUUUAGUACUUACCAUUGCUAUGAUAUUCACUAUUCUUCUCUAUAUUGAACAAUUUCUCUUAGGCCUAUUGAAAUGUGAGGAGGUGCAUUUGGUUGUAGCAUCAGAAGAGAAUUUCAGAAAAUGUUUGAACUCCUCACAAUUUCUGUUCAAAGUGAGCUGCCUGCAAGGGUGAAUAGUUGUGCAAUGAUUUUAUAUUAACUAAAAUAAUACUCUCUGUAAUUAAAAAAAUAAACUUUCGAUACAUCUAUCAAAACAUGUUAUUAACAAAAAGUGCAAUCAGUUGUAUGUGUAUAAAUACAUAUAUUGUAAUGUGACUGUUAUUUAUUAUUGCCAAAUUAAUCACAGACAAGUGACAUGCAAUUCUGUGAUGGUCAUGUGUAUAUUUAUUGCUCUUUGUACAGAAAUAUGAACAAGCAAUGUAGGAAACUUAUUUGUAUGUGUACAUAUUUUGUAAUAAUGAGGAGAUAGAAAGUCCAGUGCAUGGCAAGGUUUUGUAUUGUUUUGGUGCUAGAAAAUGACAUUAAAUGUGCUGUUUGGAUCUCAAACAUAGAUGACAUUAUUUUAGUUCUUGUAAUUAGCAUGUACAAAGGGCACUAGAUAAUUAAGAUGGUACUAUCCAUGGACUGUAUUUACACACAUAAUUGUCACCCUCACAUUAUGGUUGAUAUCCAGUGUUAUGGUAUGGAAUUAGUGUUGUAUGCUUUCUAAGCAAAAAUCAUGUUACAGUUUUGUUAUAGUUCUUUUUUACUUGGCACUUACAUUUGAAUUGAUACACUUUUUAGAGUAUGUGACAUUAUCAACUCAGCAUUUCAGAGAACUAUUGGCAGUGAUAUAGUGAUAGCACCUUUUCGAUAUAUACAGUGCUCUAAUAUUUUAUACAUGGUCUAGAGAACCGAAAUUAACGGCCGUGGGGAUUC